CGCGUCUUCACCAGCUCACUCACUGACCGCAACACCACUUUUACCUUCUUGUCGGUCCUUUCUCGAGAAGAACAUAGAAUAAUAUUUACUUUCCUAAUACCCUACCACGGUACCAACGUACAGUGGCCAUGCCGACUUGGCCAUAAGUGACGCCGUCCACGAUCACUAAAUUCUACCACAUCCUACGGGGAUAGCUACCGAAGUAACCUUCGCUCACAUCUAAACUCAAUCUCACAACCACCGCAAAGACACAAGACAAUGGCCUCCCCAAACCAAUCGCAAACCGCUGCCCCAUCAACCCAACCCCUCACACCCCCAGCCGAGCCCUCCAACACCACCACCACCACCACCACCAACAACGCCUCGUCCCAACAACAGCAGCCCGCAACCGGAUCUUCCACCACCAGCGCACCAGUCGCACAACCCACACAAGUCCCCUCCACCUCUCUAAAAGACAGCGGCAAGUCCCGUCGCCCCCGAGAUGUCCGUCUCAUCCACAUGCUCCUCGCCUCGCUAGGCGUCACCUCAUACCAAGAACGGGUGCCCCUGCAGCUCCUCGACUUCGCCUACCGCUACACCUCCGGCGUCCUGCAGGACGCCGUCCAUCUCGCGACGGAGGGCUAUGCUGGCGCCGUGGGCGAGCAGGCCGGUUCGGCCAGGGGCCCGCCUGAGGUGAACACCGUCAGCUUGCCGGCGUUGCGGCUGAGUAUUGCGUCGCGCUUGCAUUAUCAAUUUCAGACUGGGUUGCCCAAGGAGUUCCUGAUGGAUGUUGCCGCGGAGAGGAAUCGCGUGGCCCUGCCGGGUGCUACGAGGGGUUAUGAUCAGGGUCAGGCGAAGCCGGCGGCGAACCAGAGUGUUCUAAUGGGGGGUAUGAGGUUGCCGCCGGAGAGGUUCUGUUUGACGGGUGUUGGGUGGAACAUGAAGGAUGAGUGGGAGAGUGAAGGGGAGGAGGAGGUGGAGGAAGAGGAAGAGCCGAAGGAGAACAAUCAUGCUGGUGCGGGUGGUGAGGAGGAAGGAGAUGGGGGCGAGGAGGAUGAAGAUGGGAAGAUGGAGGAUAUCUUCGGCGAGGAUGCUGUUAUGGGGGAUGGAGAUGGAGAUGACGAUGGAGAUAAAGACAUGACGGAUGUUUAAUCCUUUCUUUCUUUCCCCCUCUUCUUUCUCUCUCUCUCGAAAAAAAAAGAAAAUAUAUGGAUGGGACUGGCGAUUGGGAGUUCGGCGCUCGGUCAACAAGUUAUAUACCGUCAAUACUAUCAGCCCAGACAACAGAUCUGAUGGAGGAGAUUUGCUUUCAUUGAGUCUGUAGGAUAUCAACAGACUUGAUCUACUGUACAUAAUGAUAUACGACUUGCAAUCCUAAUGCAACAGAAACUGGCAAAAGCGAAACAGGUAAAAAAACGCCUAAAUCACACCCAAAGCCACACAUGAACAGAGAAUAAAUAGUACAGUCACACCCACUCACCGACACCCCCAGGCAAAAAGAGAACCACAAUAAGAAUGAAGAAAGAGAAUCACCUCGUCUUCGACCUAGCCUCAUCCUCCCUCAUCAUCCGAAUAAUCUCCUCCCUCCUCUGCUCCACCUUCCUCAGCUCCUCAUCCCUCUCCCUCCGCCGCUCCUCAUACGUCGCAAACCACUCCUCGCGGGCGCGGUCCUCCUCCUCCGGCUUCGCAUGCGCAAGCAUACACGAGUUCAUCGUCAGCCGCUGCUCGCGACACACCCAGGUAGCGGUUAUCGUGCGAUUGACGGCGCAUUGAGCGAACGCU